UGAUGUCACGCCUCAGACUUCCGCCAUCAUUCUUAUGGGCUACAGACUUAUUGCUCCUCAGACUGCCCCGCUCCCUCCUCCCGGUCUUAAAAUGGAGCCUAUAGCGGAGCUUGUGGCAGAUACAUUGUAGCCUCCGCCCCUACGCAUGGAAUGGAACAGCCCACAUAGCCGCCCAUUGUUAGGCUGUCCCCAUGGCAACGCGUCCUGCCAUCGUGAAGGAAAGGGGAGGACAGAUACAGGCGCGAAUCUUUGCACUGACACCCUGGCAGCCUGAUACCCUGGCACCGUAAUACCCUGAUACCCUGGCACCGUAAUACCCUGAUACCCUGGAACCGUAAUACCCUGAUACCCUGGCACCGUAAUACCCUGAUACCCUGGCACCGUAAUACCCUGGCACCGCACUGGCACACUGAUACCCUGGCACCCGCGUAAUACCACUUGAUACCCCUGGCACGUAAUACCCUGAUACCCUGGCACCGUAAUACCCUGGCCACCGCACUGGCACACUGAUACCCUGGCACCGUAAUACCCUGAUACCCUGGCACAGUGAUACCCUGGCACCGCACUGGCACACGGAUACCCUGGCACCCUGAUACCCUGGCACCGUAAUACCCUGGCACCGCACUGGCACACGGAUACCCUGGCACCGUAAUACCUUGAUACCCUGGCACCGCACUGGCACACGGAUACCCUGGCACCGCACUGGCACACGGAUACCCUGGCACCGCACUGGCACACGGAUACCCUGGCACAGUGAUACCCUGAUACCCUGGCACCGUAAUACCCUGAUACCCUGGCACCCUGAUACCCUGGCACCGUAAUACCCUGAUACCCUGGCACCCUGAUACCCUGGCACCCUGAUACCCUGGCACCGUAAUACCCUGAUACCCUGGCACCCUGAUACCCUGGCACCGCACUGGCACACUGAUACCCUGGCACCGUAAUACCCUGAUACCCUGGCACCCUGAUACUCUGGCACAGUAAUAUCCUGGCAUCUGUACUGCUACUGGCACCGGCACCCUGAUACCCUGGCACCACACUGCUACUGGCACACGAAUAUUCCUGGCACCGUACUGGCACCCUGAUACCCUGGCACAGUAAUACCCUGGCACUGGCACACUGAUAUUCCUGGCACCCUGAUAUUCCUGGCACCCUGGCACAGUAAUACCCUGACAGUAGCACAGUGAUACCCUGGCACCCUGAUACCCUGGCACUGGCACCCUGAUACGCUGGCACCCUGAUACCCCUGGCACCGCACUGCUACUGGCACACAGAUACCCUGGCACCGUAAUACUCUGACAGUAGCACAGUGAUACCCUGGCACCGGCACCCUGAUACCCUGGCACCACACUGCAACUGGCACUCAGAUACCCUGGCAGUGGCACACUGAUACCCCUGGCACACUGAUACCCUGGCACCAGCACCCUGAUACCCUGGCACCACACUGCAACUGGCACUCAGAUACCUUGGCAUAUUGAUACGCUGGCACCACACUGCUACUGGCACACGGAUAUUCCUGGCACCGUACUGGCACCCUGAUACCCUGGCACAGUAAUACCCUGGCACACUGAUAUUCCUGGCACCCUGAUACCCUGGCACAGUAAUACCCUGGCACCGGCACACUGAUACCCUGGCACCCUGAUACCCUGGCACUGGCACCCUGAUACCCUGGCACCCUGGUACCCCUGGCACCGCACUGCAACUGGCACUCAGAUACCUUGGCAUAUUGAUACGCUGGCACCACACUGCUACUGGCACACUGAUACCCUGGCAUUAUUAAACUGGCAUGCUGGUACUGGCACUGUCGCCCCGCCACCGCUGUACUGAUACUGGCAUGUGGGAUAUACACUGGCAUAGAGGAUGAGACACCCUGGUAAACUGCCACUGAGGCACUCACUGACAGUCUAGGAGAGUGAGGGGGAGCUCACUGAGAGCCCUCACAUUGAGAGACACUGUGGUAGAGUGCCACCCACUGAGAGACAGACUGGAGGAGCCCUCACAUUGAGAGACACUGUGGUAGAGUGCCACCCACUGAGAGACAGACUGGAGGAGCCCUCACAUUGAGAGACACUGUGGUAGAGUGCCACCCACUGAGAGACAGACUGGAGGAGCCCUCACAUUGAGAGACACUGUGGUAGAGUGCCACCCACUGAGAGACAGACUGUAGGAGCCCUCACAUUGAGAGACACUGUGGUAGAGUGCCACCCACUGACAUACAGACUGGGGGGUGCCCACACAACCUGGGAGACAGCCUGGGGGUGCCUGCAGCCGGCAGUGCGAGAGACAUUCCUACCUGCUGAGAGAAGUGUUAAAAGAGCGCCACAAAUUUAGGAGACAUCUGAGAGAGUCCCCUCCAAUGACACAGGGAGACGAGGGGAGGGAAUGAGAGGCAUUGGGUGCCCAGGAAAGGCGCAGCCCUGAGACAUGUGCCUGGGUCCCACGCGGUGAAUAUAUUUGGUAACAUCUGGGCACCCCUGUACCCGUAUCUCGGCUCUGUUGCCCUUAUCAUGAUGGAGGUGGCCCCGGCAGCCAUGUUGGAUUUUCCCACAGAGGAUCAGAGAUUUAAGAAGGUUUCACCAAUCCUGGCGAGUCUGGUGGAAGAACCCGUGAGAAGAAAUGUUCCAAACCAUCUGCUCGAGUCAAAGAUUUACUCAAAACUCCACAAAAACUCGGCUGUAGAGGCCAAGCCUGGAAUCCUGCACUUUGGGGGCUACGAAAUAGGAAAGUGUCACCAGCAAAGUUUGAAGUUGAUAAAUGUCUCUGCCGAUGUCAUGAACAUCCAUAUUAUUCCGCCGCAGACAAAGCAUUUCUCCAUCAGCUACAGCAAAGCACAGCGGCUGGUCCCAGGUUUGGCCAUCACAGUCACCGUCCGGUUUAACCCCGACGAGUGGAGAUAUUACUAUGACUGCAUCCGUCUCCACUGCCAGGGAGGGGAGACGCUGCUGGUACCGGUGCACGGAUACCCAGUCAUGAACCGCGUAGAUUUUCCAUCGCGUAUCAACUUAUCUGACGUUGCCCUGGGACAGAGCAAACAGUACGUGAUCCCCCUGCGCUGCAGCUGCCCAAUCGACUUUGAGUUCUGCGUUGAGAUCACUCAGCCUCACAAAGCUUUCACCGUGUCGCCAACCUCAGGAGUGAUUGGGGGUAACGGACAGGCCAGUGUGGGGGUGACCUACACCCCGUCUGCAUAUGGCACGGCUCACAUGAACAUGAACCUGCUGAUUUCUGAAUUUAACUCAAAACCCUAUCCCUGCGUAUUCACUGGGAGCUGCUCCCCAGGGGCCCCUGCAAGGGAAGAAAUCACCCAGAAACCAUUUGUUUCAGCGGAAGAUGCACAGAUACCAACGGCGAUAAUAUCACGCAAGAAAAAGCGCUUACGGGCGCUGCAGCAAAAUGCGUCCAAGGUGAUUGAGUAUCAGAACCUGAGGUUCCCAGUUAACCUGUCCAACCCACAUGCCGUGGCGUCGGUGCUGAACCAGCAGCCGGGCCGGUUACGGGCCAAGGACCUGCGCGAAGAUCCUUGGGACCCCAACACGAGAGCCGUAACAAGGCAAGGGAAGGAAGCCAUGUUUGAACACAAGGUCCAACAGAACGUAAUGGAGGAAGAGGCCAAUAAACUGCGCUGGCAGUGCCAUCUGGGCAGCGACCCGCUUCCGCCAAAGAGACGCCAGGACAUCCUCCAUGAGAGAGAACUGGCAGAGAGAGAGUUCCAGGUUAAAAAGGGGACCCCCGUCCUAGAAGAGGAGUAUAGACGAGUUACUAUGAGGGUGGUAUCCCAGAGAGUAUUGAGGGCAACAGACCAGGUUCCAACUUUCCAGCCGCAGUUUGACCUUUACCAGAACAACCUGUGGGCCAUACGGCAACGGGCACUGAUCUGCUUCCAGCAAGCGGCCCGAAAGGUUCUGAUUCGCUGUCGGGUCGAUCGCAGAUUAAUUUUGUUGAGGAAACUGGUUCAGUGUAUGAGAGCAGGAGGAGCCCCGGCGGCACCAGGGAGCGGCGAGGAUGGAGCCGCGGAGCCUUUCCCUCUGCCCCCGGCGCUGGUGCUGCCAUUCCGCUUCCCCCCCUACCCAGAGGAGCAGGACUGGGAGACUGCCGGAGGGCUCACAUCAGCGCCCCCCAAAGCUGCAGAGGUUCAGCUGAGGCAAAUACUCCCGCUGUACGAGCUAAAGGUGCCCCAGCACUACAGGCUGAUGGGAUAUGAGCCGGUCCCGGUACUGGAGAUGUCUUCCAGCCACAAACCACGGCAUUUGGCGAGACCCCUGAAGCGGGGGGCAGAGGAUGAGCUGGCGCCUACUGUCGGGGCCCCUAAAGUGCCCCCCAAGCCUGAUCCCCCAGCCGAGAGCACCGAGUCUGCCCCCCAGGAAGAGAAUUCACAGAUCAUCUCAUUCAUUCCCCCGGAGCAACUCCUGAGCCCCCCGGACUAUCCCCCCAUGCACGUGUUUAAUCCAGCUCCGGGAUUGGUGGCUUUUAAGUUGCCUCUUUCUUACUCAGAAAUAGACAUGGAGUUUCACCUGUGCCCCCUGCCAAAGUACCCCAACCCGAGGCCAACUGCCCCAGGCGCACCAAAGAGGUUCCUUGACCGAGAGGAAGUGAUCCGGGGACUGAUGGACUGGAGGAAGUUCCCUGCUGUCUCCCUGGCGGCUGCUACUGGGGCCACAUUGGUCUCCCACAGGCCUCGCUGGUGCAGCCCAUUCAGUGAGGAGCUGCUGCCAGUCCUGGUGCCCCCCACACUCACGGAGCUGCCGGAGACGGACAAGGAGAAUAUUGUAGCCAAGGACCGGGAGGAGGAAGAGGACAAAGUGCUGCUCACCCCAAACAUGAUAAAGGCAGAAUUCCCCCUGAUACCGGCUGAAACCCCCAUGGGGGAUUGGGUGGCGCAGGAGGAGGAGUCACCCCCCCAGACAGAGGGCGUCGGACUGACAGAUAAAAUCAGCGUCCGCCUGGGGCAAAUGAGGCGCCUGUCGCGCAAUCACCAUCUGGUAUUGGACUGACCCACCGUCUUUUCUCUAUUCCUAUUGGCUCCCACAAACCCCACCCACUGCCCUCCUUCCGUGUAUCCAAUAUUGGAGCCCCCCCUCUUUGCCCAGUCCGACUAACGACACAAUAUAGUGUCCGAUACAGGGCGUCGGGCAGUCAAUACACACGUGCCAAGUGGGUCAUGUGACUCCCCCCCUCACUCUAUAUACAGUUACCCACCCCCAGUGUUAUCAAGUGACCAAUGGGAAUCCCAUUUCAGUAUGUGACCCCACCCCCCCAAAUCUCUGUUAUGUGGGUGCAUUUGUGCUGCAUUAAAGGCCACAAUAAUCUUCUG